AUGGGGCUCGAAGCAGUUAUGGUCGUCGUGGACAACAGCGAAAAUAGUCGAAAUAGCGAUUACACACCCACCAGAUACGAAGCGCAAGCCGAUGCAGUCUCUGUAAUCUUCUCUGCCAUCACACAAGCGAAUCCCGAAUCCGCCAUCGGAUUAAUGAGCAUGGGCGGCAGAGGUCCUGAGGUUCUCGUCACCUUAACAACCGAUCAUAGCAAGAUCCUAGAGGCUUUAUUUACAUCGCACCAAGUCCAAGAUUCAUGGAGAAACCCUGUUCUCGAAGAUGAGAAGAAACUCAUCAAGCUCGCGCAGAAGAUAAAGAAAAAUAGUAUUUCCAUCGACUUCGUUGUAUUCGGAGAACUGAACGGCAAGGUUGAGAACAAGCUGACCGUCUUUAACGAGAAUGUUGAAGGUGGUGCUAGAUCGCAUAUUGCUAUCAUGUCACCUCAAUCUGGAUUGCCUGGUGGAAUGGGUGAUACAAGUGAGGGUAGAUAUGGUAGGGAAUUUGAAUUCGGCAUUGAUCCUUCAGUAGACCCAGAGUUGGCAUUGGCACUGAGAAUGAGUAUAGAAGAGGAGAAUGCGAGACUCGAGAAGCAGAACAAAGAAAGGGCAGGGGCAGGGGCAGAGACAGAGACAGAGGCAACUCUCCCAGAGAUUGGGGAAGAAGAUGAAGAACCACAGCCACCGUUGGACAACGAAGCAGAGGCAGGCGGGUCAAAGGAUUCUUGCUCUCGGUGA